AAGCUGGGGCUACGUCGACAGCAGAUUGCAAUUUCCUGACAAGGUGGUAAAUUCGGUGUCUACGUACUUGAGCAGUUGAAUGAGUUUUCGACACUGCGCAUUGAGAGUACUCUUCUUAUCUAAAUUUUCUUCAUUUUCUACUUGGCAGUAGCAAGACCAAGUAAAGCUGGAGAUUCUACGAAGAUCCAGGAUUUUCUAGGACGGAUUUUCUGUUUUUACAGUACAUGUUGCUGUAACGACUUGGCACGAAUCAGGACAAUCCCAAUAAAAUGCAGCAACCAGUGAUGGAAGGCGGAGCGGCUUACGAGCCCUCUGUAAGAAGCUACGACGAUCUUUUUCCAGCUCUACCGGAAUCGACCCCACAACAGCAAACUAACUCCAGCAUAGGACAAUGGACCAACAACAAGAUGAGAGUUGGAUCGACAACAAUUACCCAAGUAUUUAGAGUUCCAUAUGAAGAACGCAAACUCGAUGUUCAAAAAUUCGGCGAAGGCGAAUCAAAUCAUAUCUGCGGUAACAUAAUGAAGGAAACAGGAGCCCACAUUGAAAUAUCUCACGCUAAAGAUCAGUCACUGACAUUCCUCGUGACUGGCAAACAAAAUGAAGUACUAGAAGCAAGACGAAAGAUUUUGACACAUUUCCAAACGCAGGCAAAUAGACAAAUAGCAAUUCCAAAAGAACACCACAGAUGGAUUUUGGGCAAAAAAGGUGACAGACUAAAAGAAUUAGAGAAGACCACAGCGACAAAGAUUUCAGUACCUGCCAUGAACGAUCCAUCAGACAUUCUUACGAUAACAGGUACUAAAGAAGGCAUCGAAAAGGCCGAACACGAAAUUCGCGUAACCUCUGACCAACAAUCCAAGAAGGCCUCAGAACGCCUGAACAUCCCCAGGCAGUUCCAUCCUUUCAUAACUGGUCCCUUCAACCAAAACCUCAACAGCUUGAUGACAGAAACCGGUGCCAAAAUCAAUGUACCUCCACCGUCCGCAAACAAAGAUGAAAUCUUCAUUGCCGGCGAGAAGGAAGGUGUCAUGGCGGCUAAGAACAAAAUCGAGGAUUUGUACAAAUCGAUCGAGAAGAAAUUGAGGACUGUUUCAGUGGAGGUGCCCAAGAGCCAACACAGAUACGUGAUUGGACCAAGAGGAUCUACGAUUCAGGAGAUCUUGCAGACUACCGGUGUUAGCGUCGAGAUUCCACAGACUGAUUCACCAACUGGUACCAUCACAUUGCGAGGCCCUCACGAUAAACUAGGUCUCGCCUUGGGCGUAGUGUAUGAAAAAGCCAAUUCCGUUCGCUCCAGCGACGUGGACGCCCCCUCGUGGAUCCACAAAUACAUCAUCGGUCGCAAGGGUGCCAACAUCAAAGAGAUCACACAAAACUUGCCAAAGGUCCACGUCGAAUUUACCGGUAAGGACGACAAGAUCAAAAUCGAAGGGCCGCCCGAAGAAGUGGAAAAAGCACAAGAACAGCUGGAAAGCAUUGCGAAGGACCUUAUCAGUAAGAUGACCUUUUUGGAAAUGCACGUGGAUCCUAGACUAUUUAAGCAUAUCAUUGGAAAAAGUGGUGCCAACAUAAAUAAACUUAAGGAAGACUUUAACGUACUAAUCAACAUAGACGAGAGCGGUCUGGUUCGAAUUGAAGGCAACAGAGAAGACGUUGCAAGUACUAGAGCAGAACUAGAACAAAGAAUCUUCAAGCUAGAGAACGAAAAAGAAAAGGACGUAAUCAUAGAACAAAGACAUUACAGGAAUAUCAUAGGUACUAAAGGUGAAAAUAUCAAAGAUAUAAGAGAUAGAUUUAAUCAAGUACAAAUUUACUUCCCCGGUCCAGGAGACCGCAACGACAUUGUCAAAGUGCGAGGACCAAAGGAGGAUGUCGAUAAGUGCGCCAGGCACUUGGAGAAGCUAGUCAAAGAACUGAACGAAUCGUGGUACAAAAUUGACCUACCCAUCUACAAACAAUUCCACAAAUUCAUCAUAGGAAAAGGUGGUGCUAACAUUCGCAAAAUCCGUGAAGAAACCCAAACCAAGAUCGAUCUUCCGGACGAAGGCGACAAAAACGACACCAUAACAAUCACCGGCAAAAAAGAAAACGUCGAAGAAGCCUGCGAAAAGAUCCGUAAGAUCCAAGACGAAUUAGAGAACAUCGUAACUGAAGAAAUUACGAUCCCGCCUAAAUUCUACAAUUCCCUCAUCGGUGCCAAAGGAAAGCUCAUUCACUCGAUCAUGGAAGACUGUGGUGGCGUCACUAUCAAAUUCCCCACGGCUGAUAGCAAAAGCGAUAAGGUUACUAUCAGAGGUCCUAAAGAAGACGUCGAAAGAGCUAAGCAACAGCUGUUGGAUCUAGCCAAUGAAAGACAACUUGCCAGUUUUAGUGCCGAGGUGCGUGCCAAACCUCAACAUCACAAAUUCCUCAUCGGUAAAAAUGGUGCCAACAUAAAGAAAAUCAGAGACUCCACCGGUGCUCGUAUAAUAUUCCCAGCCGAUGAUGACGAAGACCGAGAGGUGAUCGCUAUUAUUGGCAAAAAAGAGGCCGUCGAAGAAGCCAAGGCCGCUUUGGAAUCCAAAAUUAAGGAUAUUGACAAUAUAAUAGAAAGCGUAAUGCAAGUCGAACCACGCCACCACAAACACUUCGUAGCUCGCAGAGGUGAAGUCCUGAACCGAAUCUCUGAAGAAUGCGGAGAAGUGAUGAUCUCCUUCCCUCGUUCGGGCGUCGACAGCGACAGAGUCGUACUCAAAGGACCCAAGGAGUGCAUAGAAGCAGCUAAAACCAGAAUCAACGAAAUCAUAGCAGAUUUGGAAUCGAUGGUUACUAUUGAAUGCAUCAUCCCCCAGAAACACCAUAGGACCGUUAUGGGCUCCAAAGGACGUAAAGUACAAAUGAUUACUUCAGAUUUCGAUGUGCAAAUCAAAUUUCCCGAAAGAGACAACCAAGAAUUGUACAAUCACGAACAAGUUAACGGAGAUAUCGAUACUGAACCUAUUAGGCAGUGCGAUGUGAUCAAAAUAACAGGAAAAGAAACAAAUUGCCAACAAGCCAAACAAGCUCUAUUGGACUUAGUUCCAAUUACGAUUGCAGUAGACGUUCCAUUCGACUUCCACCGUUCCAUCAUCGGCCAAAAAGGUCGCGAUGUAAAGGACCUAAUGGAUAGGUAUGACGUCCACAUCGUCCUUUCUGCUCAAGACAUCAGGGAAGAUAUCAUCAAGAUCACCGGUACGGCAAAUAACGUCGAAGAUGCCAAGCAAGCGCUUCUCGACAGAGUUAAGGAUCUCGAAGCCGAUAGGAAAGACAGGGAGUUGAGAUCGUUCGGUUUGCAAGUCGAAGUACCUCCAGAGUACCACCCUAAGAUUAUCGGCAAGAAGGGAGCUGUUAUCACUAAGAUUAGGAAAGAUCAUGAUGUACAGAUCACAUUCCCCAAAAAAGGUGACCCAGAAGAAUCAAUCAUCACUAUCACCGGUUACGAAACCAACGCCAACAAUGCCAAAGAUGAUAUUAUGAAGAUCGUCAACGAACUAAACGAGCUAGUCAAAGAAGAAAUCUCCAUCGACUCUAACGUCCAUUCCAGACUAAUCGGCGCCCGAGGGCGCAACAUCAGGAAGAUCAUGGAAGAUUUCAACGUCGACAUUAAAUUCCCGAGGGACGGGGACACCGACGAGAACCUCGUGAUCAUCACUGGCCAAGAGGAAAGCGUCCUCGAAGCCAAAGAUCAUUUGCUCAAUCUAGCCGAAGAAUAUUUGCAAGACUACAAUGAAUUACAAACCCGAGAUAGACUCCACACCUUGAGCUCCCACUUCGAACCACCGGCUGCUCAAAACCACAACGCCCAUCGCAACAGGGAUGAACCCAACAACGGAUUUGUCGUCCAAGGCGGUCCAUGGGAACAACAGAGAGCCGCCGCUCCCAACACCGCCAGCGUAACCGAGUUCCCGUCCUUCAGACGCAACGCAGAAGAACCCCAAUCUUCUCCUGCUCCAGUAGCGGGCGCCUGGGGAUCACGCCGAUAAAAAUGUAACUGAUGCAUCGCUUUUUCGCUCCUACUUUUUGUCGAAAACUACUUAUUCUAUUGAAUAUAUUAGUUUUUAGUUUGAUAUAUUUUAAAAUGUUUUGAUUUGGUUCCAAGCAAUUGUACUUGGAUUAAUCUUUACUAGUUUCUGUUGUGGUUGAUAGUUUCACUUUAGUUUCUUUAUCUAUGCGGCGUCAGAUGCGCCCAAAGCAUUUAAGAAUUUAAGUGUUGCUUUAAUGUUUGAGUUUUUCGGUUAAAUAUUCACGAGUUUUUUUCACUUUUUCAACAAAAAUUAAUCUGAAAGUACACAAUGAUCACUGCCAAAAAUAUAUAAUAAUUAAGAAGCAAAUUUCGCGACGUAACCGUUUCUGUAAGAGAAAUGCUAGAUUUCGUAUAUCUCGCUCUAUGAAUAACAUUAAUAGGUAUUUAAUCAUAGAUAUCAAAAAAAAAAUAAACAUCCCCUGCUAGAUUUAGAAAUUUUUCUCGCGAAAACGUUGCGAAAGAGAACUAAAACCGAAUCAAAUGCAACUCUGGCGGUUAAAUCAUUAUUCUAAACGAUAUAGUUAUGAAGAUAUGAUGUAAGUCGUUGAUUUUCAUUGUUUGUUGCUGUUUUCGCCGUUGACUUGAUUUGGUCGAGCUUUCGACGCAUUCUAUGGAGUCAUCAGUGCUUUCAGAACUUCAAUUUAAAUUUUUGUGCAGUUUAGUAUCUUUUGUUCUUUAAUCUAAAUACAAAUACAUAGUAAAAGUAAAGUCGGGUGUUAAAAUAAACUAAUACAGAUAUAAAGCGGUAUUGUUGUAGUAAAAAUGACAACUGUGUAGGUAAAAAUCUUUGAUUUUCUUAUUGAAAUUGCAUUAGCCGCCAGAUGUCGCCGUCGGUGACAGUUCUCCCGACUUUCGACGAAAGGUAGGAGCGUAGAGAGCGCCGUCAAAGUUGAGGUUAUGUUUAAAAUACUAACCUUAGUUGUUAAGUUAGUUGCGAACGUUGCAACCCUCUUCCCUCACUGUUUGCUGCAUUAAAAUAGUUAAAAUGGCCUGGCGACGUACCUGGACUCGCGAAUAAAGGUUCACCGACAUUGAAACUGAAUAAAAAAGAGAGAAAACUUUUGCUGGUUUCUUUUAUCUACGAUAUUAAAUCGAUGUCUUCCCUAAUGGAGGCAUUGUGCGGCCUAUUAUCGGCACUAAUAAGUAGAGAUGUUAUGAUAUUUACAAGUUUUUAUGUUUUUUUUUUAAGUUUUUUGCUAUGUAUUUUGUCGCUCCGAGCUAUAUUACGGUUAGGUACGUACUGUAAGCCUAUUUCGGGCAACGGCCUGUGGACAUACGAAACCAAAGAUUGCUCAUGUACUAUUUCUCUAUCACUGAUGAUAUGUUUUUAAUUCGAAUUUAUCGUGGGUAAUCUAAAAAGAACAAUAUGACGACAAUAAACGAUGGAGUGAUUCUAUUAAACAAAAAAUACUUUCAGCAUGAUCCACGGGCUGGCCUACAUAUCGGGACACACACUUUAGAUGGCAAAAAUUAGAAAUAAAGGGGCAGGGGUAGAAAUUCUGUGAUAUUAAAAAAUUACUUCAUGUCUACAUUGAAAGUGAUACAAAGGAAAUGUGACGACGAAAUUAACUAAUGCUUCUGAAAUUAUACUGAGGGACACUGCGGACUAGAUUUAACUUGGAAACGCGUCGACUUCCGUCAAGCCACUCGAACUACUUUGUCCGUCCCUUAUCUUGAAACCACGAAACGAUAGUGGCUGAUUUUCAUUAGUUUGUUUGUCAACGUGGCCCUCUAGUGAUUGAAAUAUUAACUACGUUCUGACAAUGAGAGUAUUUGAUGACAACUGACAAGGCAAUUAUGUCACAUUCAAAAGAAAUUGACAAUUCAACAAAACUCAUUUAAAGUUAGGCGAAAGUUUACAUUAUGAUCAUCUCAUAAUCUAAAUAAUAGAAUAUUUCUUCGUUAUCUUGAUUUUAGUUGACUUGGUAUGGUAAACAAAGGCAUUAGAAGUUGUUACAACAAUAAUCGUCAACAUUUUUCCUUUAUUAUGACUGUUAUAAGAUAAAAAUGUCUAUUAUUUACUCGUUGUGUACCUGUAAAUAGUUUCCUGGAAUCACUCGGAGUAUGAUAUUAGAUCUUGAAAAGUUACUGCGUUGACAACGUUUGGGAAACGUAUCCAACGUCGAUGUUGCCAAAUUUACAAUGUGAUCGGGAGGUUGCCGCGUAAUCUGCACAUUCUUGUCGAGUUUUUGUAGUAAGGGGAAACAAAAAAUGAAAAAAAAAACGAUCUAAAGUGUCUGGACCGUAACUCCAUAUAUGCAUACUUGUCGCAUAUCAUUGUGUUAUCAAUAUAUUUUAUAUUUAUAUUUUUUGAACUUUUAUAUAUUUUUAUUUGUGUCAUAACUUCUCUGCCCUUUUUUUCGAAAAACAAGGCAGUGGAUCGUGCCUUCCUUACAAAUUUCAUUUUUUUAUACGAUCGUACUAAAAUUAUCUCGCCCGUACAACCUCAAUGCGGAAAGGGAAUCUCGGUUUUGUUAGCCUCUCGUCCGUUCCGGUGUCCAGAUUAUAUUUUCAUACAUUGGGAAGUGGGCCUAGGAUGGCUCCUCGGGGUACACAGAUUGUUAACGGAAGUUUUUGGAAUGGAGGCGAGGCGGACAGUACUACCGCAGAUUCUUUUUUCUUUGUUACUGGAUCAUCUGUCCUGAGAGGUAACAGAAUUUGUAUUUUUUAAUUUUUUAUUUAAUUAUAUUUUAGGUAUGUUAAAACUGAACGUAUAUGAUGAAAAUAUCGACUGAUUGUGUAUUGUUGAAUCCGAUUCGGCAGUACUUAAUACAUUUGUUUGUAAAAUUUUGAGUUUUGCUGUUAAUCAUUGUAUAUAUGAUAAAUAUAUUAUUUUACAGAGUCCUUGAGGUCAAUUUUGUUAGCCCAGGACUAACCUGAGGGAGAGAAUAUAUU